UUGUUGAACUGUGCUGCAUGAGCAGUAAAAUGUUGGGUGGGCCUGGAUCAGGUGAUAAUUUUUAGGGCGUUGGCUCGUAGAUAGCUCGUAAAGAUGGACAGAAAUGUAGAUGAAAAAGAUCAGUAUAGAUUUAAUUGGAGGGCUCGACACACAACUGCAGUAGUAGGAGAGGUCCUAUACUGCUGGGGAGGGGACCAAGGAUUAGAUGAAUCAGAAUGCGAUUGCAGCGGUGAUUUUCCUAAAAAGAGAGAGCAUAUUUCUGUUAUUGAUAAGUUUGACAUUUCAUCUGGUGUUUGGUCCUCUCGACCUACUAGUGGUACUCCUCCAUUGGGAAUCAGAGGAGUCUCCUGUACUGUCAUUAAUAAGAAUAUUUAUUAUUUUGGUGGUUUUUGUGGCCAUGGUAGCUGUUAUCAUAACAGUUUGAACUGUUUAGACACUUUAACUCUUCAAUGGAAAAAAUUACAACCAGCUGGUGAAAAUUAUGUGACUAAGAGAGGCUAUGGUGGUAUGAUAGCAAUGGGAAGUGAAGGUGGACCUCAACAAUUACUGGUUAUUGGUGGACUUGCUCCAGUAUCAACUACUAGUACUACACACUGUCAUCAUCAGUUUGAAUACAAUAAGAUACCUUAUCGGCUCGAUCGUCUUAGUACUAAUGAACAGAAUAUCUACAACCUGUCUAGCGGACAAUGGAUUAUUCCAUGUGUUAUUGGACAGUGUUUUUUACCAACUAAAGACUUAAUAAUUGAAAAGAUCAGCCAUAAUAAAGGAAUUAUGUAUGGAGGAGCAGUAAAUGAUGGUGAUAUCAGUGUACCUACUAACAGCAUCUACUUGUUUGAGUUUUCACAUAAUGAUACUACAAUAAACUGGGAGUGUCUUAACAAAGGAUCAAUACCUAAUGAUAGACUGUGGUCUAAAGAGAGAUAUAGUCACUAUAUCUUUUAUUUUCUACAGAUUCCUCUACCUGAUUCUGUUACUGGCAGAUACUAUCACACUGUAUCAUCUUUUGUUGUUGAUCCUAAUCAUGUGUUCCUGAUAGUAUUGGGAGGUUAUGCAAAGACAACGCAGAUUGAUGUAGGAGGAGGAGCAAUAGAUUGGAUUAAUACACGUGUUACUAAUUCUCAUAUCACAAUGGUAGUAGAACUAGUUUUUCACGAUGGUCAAUGGUCAGUGGAAUCAGUCAGUAGUGGGAUGUUUAGAGUAAACAAUCAAUUACUUUGGGAAGAAUUAUUGAAGAUUAAAUCAGGUAUGAUUAUUGUAUUUGCAUGA